GCAACCAUGACCAAAACCAUCGAAGAUGAUAUCUCAACCUCUACUACAGAGUCCGUGGUGAAGCCGCCCCCGGAUGGCGGAGCCAUGGCAUGGACUCAAUCUGCCAUGGGCCACCUCGUCUGCUUCAACACCUGGGGCUACCUCGCCAGCUACGGGGUCUUCCAGUCUUACUAUCAAACCCACCUCGGGGUAUCCGAGUCUGCAAUCUCCUGGGUCGGGUCCAUCCAGAUGUUUCUCAUCUUCUUUGUGGGCACCUUUUCCGGACGAGCGCUAGACGCAGGCUAUUUCCGUCACGUCUUCUGCGCCGGUGCAUUCCUGCAGAUUCUGGGCGUCUUCAUGACCUCCCUCUCCACCCAAUACUGGCAGCUCUUUCUCGCACAGGGACUCUGCACGGGGUUAGGCAGCGGCCUCCAGUUCUGCCCAGCAAUGGGUCUAGUGGCCACCUAUUUCGACAAACGCCGCGUAUUUGCGGUGGCUUGCUGUCUGGUCGGCAGCGGGACGGGGGGCAUGGUCUUUCCCGGGCUGGUCAAGGGCCUGCUCCCCGUGCUUGGAUUUGGCUGGACGCUGCGCGUUGUGGGGUUCGUCAUGCUUGCCACCACUAUCCCUGCCGUUGCGCUCUUUCGCACUCGCCUACCCCCGCGUAAGUCGGGCCCCCUCGUGGAGCUGUCCGCCUUCCGCGACGAGCCAAUCUAUACGUUUUUCAUUUUGGCCAUCUGGCUCAACUUUUGGGGCAUGUACUUUGCAGUCUACUAUGUGGGUGCCUUUGGCCGGAGCGUGAUCGGACUCACAUACUCCGACUCAACGAACUUGAUCAUCGUGCUCAACGCGGCCGCCAGUCUCGGACGUCUGAUCCCCGCGUACUUUGCUUCUUUCCACUUGGGCCCGCUGAACACCGUCAUUCCUCUCUCGGUGGCCUCGAGCGUGCUGAUGUUCUGCUGGGCGGCCGUGCACUCCACAGCGGGGCUCUACACGUUCGCCGUGCUUUACGGGUUCUGCGCCAAUGCGGUCCAGGGCCUCUGGCCACCCACACUCUCUAGCCUAAUCACGGAUCUCAGCAAGGCUGGCACACGAAUCGGCAUGGGUUUCACGAUCAUGAGCUUUGCAUGUUUGACCGGACCUCCGUUGGGUGGCGCUCUCGUUGCCAAGGCCCAUGGUUACAUCGGAGCCCAGGUGUGGGCGGGAGUAGUUAUUUUACUGGGUGCGAUGGUGCUGUUGGGGGCGAGGAUCUCGAAGACCGAAUGGCGCGUCAAGGUCAAGAUCUGAGAUCAUUGCCUUGCUCUCGGGAAAAGGGGAGCAGGUAAGGUAAGAGGUAGAGUAGGCUCGGAAUAGGAUUUGCCGGUGGGAAAACGUGGGGUUGCGUCAAAGCACGUUGUGGAAAAUCGAAACAAAUGUUUUGGUGUCAAGUAUUAGACCAAAUCCCACAUCAAUAGAUAUGCAUAGAAUAUGCACACUGACCUGUUAUAAUUCAAUUUUAUCUACU